AAAAAAAAACAAAACUGCGGGCAUGGUGUAGUCGGCUAGCCUGUUAGCCAUUUUAGGCUAUUUAUUAACGUGACAAUAUGUUCAGUAAAAAGUAAUUUUUGUGUUGAUAGGGGAGGAUGUGGCGGGGAUGUGGCUGAAUAAUGGGAAACGUCUUUGGGAGAAAGAGUCGACCUUCUCGUGUAACGGAGCAAGACAAAGCCAUUUUGCAACUGAAGCAGCAGAGAGAUAAACUGAAACAGUACCAAAAGAGAAUCACCUUGCAACUGGAGAAAGAGCGACUUCUGGCAAAGCAGUUGCUGCAAGAUGGCAAGAAAGAAAAAGCGCUGUUGCUUCUUAAGAAAAAACGGUAUCAGGAUCAGCUGCUAGACAAGACUGAAAAUCAGAUUUCAAACCUAGAGCACAUGGUUCAAGAUAUUGAAUUCAUGCAAAUUGAGAUGAAAGUCAUCGAGGGGCUUAAAGUUGGCAAUGACUGCCUAAAGAGUAUGCAUGAGCUCAUGUCAAUAGAAGAUGUGGAGAAAAUCCUGGAUGAGACCCAGGAAUCGAUUGAAUAUCAAAGGCAAAUAGAUGAAAUGUUGGCUGGGGUCUUGACACAAGAAGAUGAGGACGCUGUCUUAGCAGAGCUGGAAGAUAUCACUCAGGGAGAAGAUGUAGCACUUCCAGAGGUCCCCACUGAACCAAUACCAGAGGUCUCAGAAGCAGCUAAAGCAGAGCCAGAGAGGAGAGAAGCAAAGAACAAGCCAGGCAGAGAGAUGCUGGCAGCCUAACAGACUGAAUUUGUGAUCUAUAUCCAGUGUUAAACUGCCUAAAGAGUUGGGAGUUGUUUGGUAUGUGAGGGUGGGACCUGCAUAGAUCAGUGCAUCUUCACUCAUUUUACAGGAUCAGCACUGUCUGUACUCGGUUCACCGCUCCACUUAAAGUGAAAUAUUCUAUUUGUGUCUGAUUUGGUUUAAAAAAACAAAACAAAACUGUUACACUUUAGCUUUUAUUGUAGAAUAACAGGGUGAGUUUUUAGAUGUUUUACACAUUAUUUACAGCUGUCUUACAUAUUAAAUUGAGCUGUGGGAACAACA